AUCGCCUUCCGGUGCGAGUGAGGCCGAGUCCGGAGCCCGACCGCCGGUCGGAGAGAGCAAAGGAAAGGCGGGAAUAGAAGGAGUCCGCGGGCCGGGCGGAGAAUGAGACGGUGGCUGAGACCGGUGCUGUCCCGUGUGGUGAAUAGAGUCGGGCUGAGCGCGGGGCCCCGGGAGCCUGAGGCUGGGGGUCCGGCCACGUUUGGUCUCUUGUUUGAUAUCGAUGGGGUCCUGGUGAGGGGCAAAACCCCCAUUCCGGCUGCAAGAAAAGCCUUCCAGAAGCUGGUGGAUUCCCGGGGGCACUUCCUGGUUCCUGUGGUGUUUGUGACCAACGCUGGAAACUGCCUGCGCCAGACCAAAGCCGACCAACUGUCACAUAUACUCGGGGUCCCAAUCUGCCAGGAUCAAGUGAUGAUGUCACACAGUCCUCUGAGGAUAUUUAAGCAGUUCCAUAACAAAUGUGUUCUAGUAUCCGGACAGGGCCCAGUCCUGGACAUUGCGAAAAAUUUAGGAUUCUCCAAUCCUAUCACAAUCGACUCUCUGAGGGAGUCGUACCCCUUUCUUGAUACGGUGGAUCACACGAGGCGCCCCAAAAUCCUGCCCUCCUCCGCCACGGAUCUACCCCGCAUAGAUGCUAUCGUCCUUUUUGGGGAACCAAUCAGAUGGGAGACUAAUCUCCAGCUCAUCAUUGAUGUCUUACUGACUGGCGGUUACCCUGCCAGCCACCACCAAGCUGCCAGUUACCCCCAUAUCCCGGUGCUGGCGUGUAACAUGGAUCUGAUGUGGAUGGCCGAGGCCCACUCACCCAGGUUUGGGCACGGCACGUUCAUGGUGUGUCUGGAGAACAUCUACAAGAAGAUCACAGGGAAGGAGCUGAAGUACGAGGUGUUGAUGGGCAAACCCAGCGAGGUGACCUAUCAGUACGCAGAGUAUCUGGUCCGCACGCAGAAACAGUGGGCUGAGCCAAUCAGAACUCUCUAUGCAAUCGGAGACAACCUGAUGACCGAUAUCUAUGGUGCCAACCUGUACAAUCGCUACCUGACAGAACGGGCUCCUCUGAUUGGCUCCCAGGCUCUGGUGCAGGCAGCAUCGGGGGUCCCGGUGGUCUCUGUGUCUGAGGAAGAGGAGCCGUCGCUGGAGAGUGUCCUGUCCUUCCCCUCGGCCACAAGCUGUCGCUCUAUUCUGGUCUGUACUGGCAUUUAUAACCCGAACUCUGAAGUGCCUGCCGAUACCUCCCAGUCUGUUACUGAGACCGUGUUUCACGGGCACCGGGACUUCCGAUUGGACCCGGCCCUGGUGGAACCCGGACACAUUGUGGCUGACGUGAGUGCGGCCGUGGAUUUGAUCUUCCAAUUAGAGGGCUUCGUACAGCGGCCCCACGACUGACUCCCCGUACCCUCCCACCUACAUUUCCUGCACUUUUUAUAACUCCCUGAACCCUCUAUAGGAAACCCUGUAGAUUUUAUUCUAUUUAUUCUGUCUCCCCAUAGUCAGAGUUUUUAUUCAGCGGUGCAGGAGUGGCCCCUGGGGCCCCAGCAGAGACCUGGCACUGGGUUGUGCUUAUUCCUUCAUAUAUACGGUAUAUAAUGUGUUUGGUAUUCUACUUCCAUCCCCGUGGGUAUCAGUAUGUGGGACAGACCUCGUGCCCCCCACAGACACAAUCCAGCGCCAUGGCAACCUCUGCAUCUCCCCUAUUGCACGGCAAUAAUUACCCCUCCCCCUUAUUUAUUAUCUUCCCUGGGGCAUUUACUCUAUUUAUAGUUUUAUUUUGGAGAGAACUGGUGCCACGGGCACAUCCCGCCCACUCACACUUGAAUUUUAUUGUUAAAAUAAAUGGUUAUUGGUCUCCAUGUUUGAUGCCCCGCCCCCACCUGUUACACUUUUAUGCAAAUGCUUUUACUUUGUCUCCUCUGAUCUAAUAAAUGUGUUUUAUAUCCAAA